AUGGUGUUGGAUACAGAAGCGGACAAUGUGCGUGUGGUUGUGCGAUGUCGACCGUUCAGUGAGAUGGAACAUGAGCAAAAUCGUGGGCGAUCAGUGGUGAACGUCGACAGUGAGAACAACUCUGUGUCCGUUAUCAACCCACUCUCACCUCAGUUUGUAACAUACAAAUUUUCUGAAGUUUUUCUCGCCUCUCAGGAUCCACCACGUUUCUAUACGUUCGAUGCGGUGUUCGAUGAGAAUUCGGAUCAGUUGAGUGUCUACAAUAUUGCGGCCCGGCCGAUCGUGGAUAAUGUAUUACAAGGAUACAACGGCACGAUUUUGGCAUAUGGUCAGACCGGAACGGGUAAGACUUAUACGAUGUCCGGGUUGGCCGAUUCGGCCGAGCAUGCAGGCAUAAUACCGAAUUCAUUUGCGCACAUUUUCGAUCACAUCGCAAAAUGUGAACAAGAUAAGACGUUCUUGGUGCGGGUUUCUUAUUUGGAAAUAUACAACGAAGAGAUACGCGAUUUGCUAAGCAAAAAUCCCGUUCGUGGUCUUGAAAUUAAGGAAAGACCCGAUAUAGGCGUUUACGUGAAAGAUUUGUCGAGUGUAACUGUGUCAAGUGCGGAUCAUAUGGCCAGGAUUAUGCAAUUUGGUAGUAAUAAUAGGUCAGUUGGAGCGACAAAUAUGAAUGUCGAAAGUUCACGUUCACAUGCGCUAUUCACAGUGACCGUCGAGUGUAGUGAACGUAUCGGGAAUCAGAACCAUCUUACUCAGGGAAAAUUGCAACUCGUCGAUCUCGCGGGUAGCGAGAGGCAGUCGAAGACUGGUGCAAGUGGGCAAAGACUGAAAGAAGCGUCACGUAUCAACUUGUCGCUCUCAUCGCUCGGCAACGUAAUCAGCGCUUUGGUUGAUUCCAAAGCAACGCAUGUACCGUACCGGAACUCGAAAUUGACACGUUUAUUGCAAGAUUCAUUAGGUGGUAACUCAAAAACUGUUAUGUGUGCGAAUAUUGGUCCGGCUGCGUACAAUUACGACGAGACCGUUUCGACGUUA